AUGAGAGAAGGGGGUGGUCCAAAGUCCCAACCAAGGCAAGAAUUGCUUUUGAUGGAAGGUGAUGGGAGGAGGAAGAAUGGGGUCAAGGCUUUUCCUAGAGAGCAUCCUUGGAUGAGAAUACGUGGAGAAGCAUCAGACAAGCCGAUAGACAGUGCUGUUCUCUCCAAAUUGAAGCAGUUCAGAGCAAUGAAUAAGCUGAAGACGCUCGCAUUGAAGGCACGGUAUCAAAACUGCAUUCAAAAAGUUACCGCAGAAAAUCUAUCUGAAGAAGAGAUUAAAGGUCUUAAAGCGAUGUUCAAAAACAUGGAUACAGACAAGAGCAGCACAAUCACCUAUGAAGAACUGAAGGCAGGUUUGGCUCGUCUUGGAUCAAAGCUCUCUGAAGCUGAAGUCAAGCAAUUAAUGGAAGCCGCUGAUGCGGAUGGAAAUGGAACGAUAGACUAUAUUGAGUUUAUCUCCGCUACAAUGAAUAGAUACAGACUCGAAAGAGAUGAACACCUGUACAAAGCAUUCCAGUAUUUUGAUAAAGAUAACAGCGGGUACAUUACAAAGGAUGAACCAGAGACUGCUAUGAAAGGGUACGGAAUAGGCGAUGAAGCCAGCAUCGGGGCAGUAAUCUCUGAAGUUGAUACCGAUAAUGAAGGGAAAAUUAACUACGAGGAGUUCUGCACGAUGAUGAGAAGUGGAGCACACCAAACUGGAAAGCUUUUCUAG